AUGGGAAUACAUGUUCCUUCUCAUGUGCCCAUGGAAUCUACCCCAUUUAAAGGGAUGGAGUUUGAAGCGGAUGAGAUUGCAUAUGGUUUUGAUAAUGAAUAUGGCAGAAAGGCUGGUUUUAGUAUUAGAAAAGAGUAUGUAAAUAAAUGUAAAAAGACUGGUGUGGUUACUUCAAGAAGAUUUGUGUGUGCAAAGGAGGGAGUUCGAGGCAAAGACAAGAGAGAUCAGAAUGUAAAGAAUCCACGAGCAGAAACAAGAUGUGGUUGUGAAGCACGUUUGGUUAUUGUACUUAAUCGAGAUAGUAAAAAAUAUGUGGUGAGUGAAUUUAUUGCUGAGCAUAACCACUAUCUCCACCUUCCAUCAACUGUGCACAUGAUGCCAUCACAACGGAAAGUGGAUGCAACUCAUGCUAUUGAAAUUGAUUUGGCACAUGAAUCGGGAUUAAGACUAAAGCAAUCUUAUGAGCUUCUUAGUAAGCAAGUUGGUGGAUAUGAAAAUCUUGGUUUUACCAAGCAAGAUCAUAAAAACUACCUACGUAGUAAGCGACAGAGAGACAUGGAGCAUGGGGCAGCUGCUAGCUUGGGAAGAUAUUUUAGUCGUCAACUUAAGGAAAAUCCUUCAUAUUAUUUUGCUACUCAAUUGGACUGUGAAGAGUUGAUUACUAAUAUCUUUUGGGCCGAUGCAAGAAUGAUCAUUGACUAUAGCCAUUUCGGUGAUGUAAUAACGUUUGAUACAACGUAUAGCACAAAUAGAGAUGCAAGGCCACUUGGAGUAUUUUUGGGUCUCAAUCACCAUAGAGAAACUGUUGUAUUUGGAGGUGCACUUUUAUAUGAUGAAACGAUUGAAUCUUUUGUAUGGUUAUUUGAGACUUUCUUAGAAGCAAUGUCUGAAAAAAAGCCAAUCACUAUUUUCACAGAUCAAGAUGCAGCAAUGUCAGCUGCAAUAAAAAUAGUCAUGCCUGAGACAUAUCAUGCAUUGUGUAGUUGGCAUAUGUGGCAGAAUGCUGAGAAACACUUAGGUCAUUUACUAAAAACUGAGCCUCAAUUUAACGCUGAUUUCUUAGCAUGUAUCUAUGAGUAUGACGGUGAAGAUGAGUUUCUUACAGCUUGGAAUGAAAUGCUAGAUAAGUACAAUGUUCGUGAAAAUAAAUGGCUAAUUGAUCUAUUUAAAUUGAAGGAAAAAUGGGCCCAAGCAUAUGUUAAGAGAACUUUCACUGCAGGAAUGAAGACAACCCAGCUUAGUGAGAGUUUCAAUGCUGACUUGAAGGAUUGCUUGCGUACUGAUCUCAAUAUAGUAGAGUUUUUCACUCAUUUUGAAACAAUUGUCAAUCAAAAGCGGGAUAAGGAGUUAGAAGCAGAAUACAACUCUAGACAGAAAUUUCCAAGAUUAAAGCUCAAAAGCUCUCCUAUGCUUAACCAAGUAGCAACAAUGUACACACCUAAGUUGUUUGAUUUAUUUCAGACAGAAGUUGAAGAGGUAAUGGCACUUUCCAUCCUAGAACGCAAUGUGAGUCAAACACAUAGUUAUGUGGUUGGAGUUUUCAAUCAAAAUGGAAAAUAUGAGGUCAUGUGGAAUCCAUUAGAUGAAACUCUAUCUUGUAGUUGCAGAAAGUUUGAGUCAUUUGGUAUUUUAUGUAGGCAUGGUUUGAAAGUUCUUGAUGUAUUGGAUAUCAAGUUGAUUCCUAAUAGAUAUAUCAUGAAGAGGUGGAGAAGAGAUGCAAAAGAUGAAAGCGGAAAAAAUUGCACAACACAUAACAUUAACUCGGAUACUCGACUGGAAUAUGUAGAUCGGUUUCGAGAUUUAUGUCCAAAAUAUAUUCAAUUGGUGAAUGAGGCAUGUGAAACUAAAGAAGGCCAUAAUAUCCUAAGCUUAGCAGUUGCAGAUUUGAAAAAAAAACUUUGUGACCUUAGGAAUUGCAAAGCUAAUGUAGAAGAAGACAUCAUUAGGCCUUCCACUGAUUUUGCAAACAAAGAAGAUCAAUUAUGUGCUUCAAUUACGAUUGUACCAAAAGGGAUAAAGAAAAGAGAGGUUCAUCGUAAUAAAAAACGUAGGACGAAAUCAUGGAUAGAAAAGAUGAGGAAACCAAAGGAAGGCACAUCAAAGAAGCAAACAAAGAAAAGAAAAGUGCAGGAGGAAAUAUAUGCACAUGACGUCAUAGCACAAAAGCAAACUGAGGAUAUAUUUGAUGGAAAUAUUACUAGUUUUACACAACUUUUAAUGUCGGCUUCUACAAGUUCUGCAGUACAUCAAGGAGGCUCAUCAACAAGUGUUGCAUUAGCAUCACAUUUAGAGAGUACAUCAACUGUUGUAGGCUCCAACAACAAAAUUAAUGGCGCUGGAGGUCUCUUGACUCAAGGAAGUGUUGCAAGUGGAGGUCUCUAG